AUGGGUAAAGCUAAAAAGACAAGAAAGUUUGCAGCUGUAAAACGCACAUUAUCGAAAAAGGACCCCCGUCUAACGCAAAAUAAAUCCGUCAACCCCAACCAACUAGCCAAACAGAAUAAGAACGACCCAGAACUAACCCAACACGUGCCACAAGUAUCAUCGGCCCUUUUCUUCAAAUUCAACGAUGCGAUAAAACCACCAUACCAAGUACUUAUCGAUACAAAUUUCAUCAAUUUCAGCAUCCAAAAGAAAAUCGACAUCAUUCGUGGAUUAAUGGACUGUUUAAUGGCGAAAUGUAUUCCUAUUAUAACUGAUUGCGUAAUGGCUGAAUUGGAGAAAUUAGGAUCCAAGUAUAGGAUUGCUUUAAAAUUGGCCAAAGAUCCAAGAAUUCAACGAUUGAGCUGUAGUCAUCCGGGUACUUAUGCUGAUGAUUGUUUGGUCAAUAGAGUGAUGCAACAUAAAUGUUUUAUUGUGGCUACCAAUGAUGCUGAUUUGAAGAGAAGGAUACGAAAAGUGCCUGGGGUGCCGCUUAUCAGUGUUGGUGGGCAUUCGUAUGUGGUUGAGAGAUUGCCUGAUGUGUUUUGA